AUGUCGACUAUAUCCCUCUCGGAUCUAGAGUUCAUAACCCGUGAAUCUCUCGCUAGCGACUUCAAAUCUUCAGGGUCUGCACUUCCCCCAAACACCGCCGUCGUCGACGUAAGGGACAGUGAUCACAUUGGCGGUCACAUCAAAGGCUCAACCUGGGUUCCCUCCUCACAACUCGACUACAAAACCCCCGAGCUCAUACGCACACUACAAGAUAAGGAAGUCGUCAUCUUUCACUGCGCGUUAUCACAGCAACGUGGGCCGAGUGCGGCGUUACGGUAUCUGAGGGAGAAGGAAAGGUUGGAUCCUGCUUCUAGCACGGAGUCGAAGGGCGAAGUUAAGGAGCAGAGUGAGGCGGUGGAGAAGGAGGGUGAGGGAGAGGGACCGAGCGGUACGCAGGUUAAGAAACAGAAGGUUUAUGUGCUCAAGGGGGGUUUCACGAUGUGGCAGGAGAAGUAUGGGCAGGACAAGGAUUUGACGGAAGGGUAUGAGAAGGAUGUUUGGGAGUUUGGUACGUCGGAUCAUUGA